CGACACGAUGGACAGUCAUGUCACGAUAUGACGACUCGACGUUGACUUCACUCGAACUAACUUCUUGCCCUCUACUGGGCACUCGCGGGCACUUGUGUUCAUUCCCUGGGUUUCAGAAACACGACAGUGAACCCUUGAGAAUGGCGUGGACAAGCCACACGCUUCCCGUCACGCCUCUUGACAAGUCUUCAUCAGUCUCACCCCGUGGUUAUUCACCGACUUAGCUUGGGCAUCCAAGCGAUUUCACACAUCCACUUCUUAACUUUUGGGUAGAUUUUCCAUCGUUUCUGUUUCGAUUGCGGAAAGGUAC